AUGAGUCGAUCUUACAGUGCCCGCUGUAAAACAAAAGGACGGCUGUCUUUUCAUCUGUAUGCAGGUGCAAGUCAAACGAUUCGUUUUCAUCUCGUGGAAAAGCUCCGCCUUCGUUUUCCGUUCUGUAUACAAUACAACCUCACCCCAAAACGCAUGGAGGCUACAGUAUGGACUGUAACUAAGGGGCACGAGCUUGAUGCUAGCAAGUGUGUCGCACUCAUGCGUGAGUCAAAGACUUGGCAGAGCGUCGAUUGUCAAGCUGCCAACUUGGUACCAGCAUGUGUUGACAUGAAAAACCCACGUCUUUGGCAGCUUGGAAGUGUGUCGGUCGUUGAAGCCGACGCAGCUUUCGCCUGUUCUGCUCUGUCUGCAUCAGAAUUAAAGUAUUCAGCCCCAGCCUCGGGAUAUGAGAAUGAACUGUUGCGCAGUCAAUUGAUUGAGCACGCGCCUAGAUCGAUUGCAGGCGUGUGGUUGAACGCAAAAGCUUUCGUCUCGGAAGUUGCAACCGUUGCUCAGCAACUGAAGGUGUCACCAAUUGACGACAUUAUCUCGGUGGAAUAA